CAACGACAUACCUGCCAAUAUCAAAUGAAUCCAAAUAUAAACCACGCUCGGAACUUCGAUGGCGAUUUUCUGUGCCACAAAAGCAACGCCCGACUGGAACCGGCAAGUGAGGACACCGAUGUGAUAUGCUGCGAUAUGCUGGGCAGAGUGAAAGAAUUUGCCGUUAUUUUGCAUUUGUAUAGCUUCAGCGACUCUUUGUUAACCACGCAAUCAGUGGUUAAGUCAUUGUCUUAUUGUAUCAGUUGAACUAAAUAUCAUUUGCGCAGUUAUAUAACAUAGAAAAACUUGAAAGGAAUCUCUAAGGGAGAAAAGAAAUGGAAUUAAGCAACAGCAAAAUGGUUUGGGCAUUUUAUUACGAUGGCAUGAUAGGAAUUAGGGAAUCAAAGGGGGCUAAGAAAAUCACACACCUGCACGAAAUUCCUAGCAAACCUGUGCGUUAACCACCAUGUUAUGACGUCAUAAUUUGGGAUAAAAAUAUAUCUUGAGAUUGUCUAACCUGCGAACGGGAAUGCUCUGGGAGAGAUUGGAGAAUGGUGAUUGGUCAAUCAUUUACAGAGCCCAGUCCACCAAUAUUGCGAUGCAGCUCGGCCAAGAUGGCGGCGACGAGGGGAGAAGAUUCCGAAGAUAAAUCUAUCUCGAUGCGAGUUGCUCUUUUUGGUAUUAGGAAUGCUUUUCCGAGCGUUAAACAAAUGGACACUGGUGAGCUUGCGAAGUUCAUAGAAGGAAAUAAAUAUAAAAACCUUAUUUUGUUGGUAAGUAAUAGGGUGCCAAAAAAUAAAAAAGACGUCUUCAUUUUUAUUAUUAAACACUCAACUAAACUUGAGUGACUCAAGUAACCACAAAGACUAACAAAUGUUGCUUGGCAACAUCUGUGAGUAAAAAAGAAUGUUGUGGUCAACUUUUAUGGUGAAGGAUUUGUUUGGGAUUUUCUGACGUGCGUCCCAAAAACAAUCUUUUAAUCAGUAGUUUCACAAUUUUCGAAAGCUUGUUGUUCGAAGGGUGUUCAUGUGGGUUUUCACUUGUUUCCAUCUACCAAACUGACAUUACAUCAUUUGAUCAAUUUCUAAAGUUGUUUCUUUUUGGAUUUUUUAAUUAAUUUGGUUAGGGUUAGAGUUAGUGUUGCGGUUAGGGUUAGGGGUUAGAGUAGGGGUAGGGUUUGGGCUAGUUACAUAGCCAUUUAACACCUCUUCAAUCUUCUGAAAAUGACGUCAUGUCAGUUUGGUGGUUGGAAACAAGUGCUGACCGUUCAUGUGAACGUCUUCAAACUUUGUAUGCUUGCUAAUUUUGGGGUGGUCUUUUUGGUGGGUUGGUUCAUUUCUUAAUUUGGGCACUUUUUGACACUUGUCCCGGUCCUCUCAUCAACUUCGGAAUGGCUAAUUUGUAUUUCUAUUUGCAUAUAUUCCUAGUAUGGUCUAUGGAUCUGCAUACAUCAUCAUCCCUUCAAAUAUUUUUGUGUGUGUUUUUUUUUUCUAAUAUUCUUAGCUCAAAUACACUGAAAAAUCUCACAUAGACAGUAGUCAACUCGAAAGCUUCUUGCUACUUUGACUACUGGGCAUAAUUUAACCAAGUCAUCAUUUAUUCUAUUAUAAUAAGUAAUUUUAACUAUUUUUGUAAUGACGUUCUUGAAUUCUUUUUUUUUGUAUAUAUUGCAAAUCAUUAAAAAUCUGAAAAAAUCUGAAAUCUGAGAUUCAGAGCUUUUCAACAUUAUUUUAGACUAUUUUUUAAUCCAGUGUUUUCAAGCGUAUAUUUCAGAUAGAGCUGCACAAUAGAGCUUGGUUAAACCCACCCUUAAAACAAUUCAAUCCAAAACCAUUCCAUUUGAUUGCAUGUGUCUUUGAAAACGUCAAAAGUAUUAUAUUCUCUCUAUUACUAUUAAAAUCAAGGAAAAUAAAUCUAAUUAUUAUUCCACCUUUGUGCAGGAUGUUCGAGAACAAGACGAGUAUGAUGUCAGUCAUUUGCCGAAUGCAAUACGAGUCAAACCCGAUGAACCGGUUGAUCAGGUUAUGACAAAGAUCAAACAAUGUUUAGAAAGUAAGUUAAGGUGGCUGGCUCCCUAGUAGAGGUGUCCGAAUCCAAUCAGAAUCGGACCAAAUUUUACAUAUUUGGAUCGUAUUUUGUUCGAAAAUACAACACUAUGAUGAUAUGAAAUUUUGAUUGCAAACAUGACACUUCUUUCAGGCAAAACUGCAUUUCGAUAUGAAAUUUGGACAUUUAUUUCCACGGUAUCCAGGCAAAUUAUACGGUGCUGAUUUCCAUUGUCUUACAUUUCAGAUAUUACCGACCAUCAUGUGCAAAUAUUGUGUUACUGCUCUGUCGGGUAUCGUUCGUCAAACAUGGUGCAAAAACUCUACCCUGAAUUUAAAAUAUUGAAAGAAAUGCAAAAAAUUGAUAUAACAUCGGAACUGUGUAAUCUCGAAGGAUCCAUAUUUAAAUGGGCCAAUGAGGGGAAGGAACUGGUUGAUUGUAACAAUGCGAAGACCAAAUAUUGUCAUCCAUAUAAUUUUCUUUAUGGGAAACUGCUUGAUGCAAAACUUAGAGUCUAUGAACCAGUGUCAACGAUAGUUCAGUGAGGCCAAAACAAUUAAUGUGGUUUUGUCUGAAUAUAUUGCCCAGUCUUGCACAAGUCACCCAGUAGAAUGAUAGCAGUAUUAUAACCUACAGUAAUGGACUUUGGAAAGUCUACAUAUAGAUCAGUCCAUAGCCUAUCGAAGGGAAGAUGGCUGUGAAACUCAUUAGAAUAACAAUAUAACUCAUCUAUGUUAGUAGUCAACGUUUAUUCAUAAAUCUGGAACUUCGCCGUCACGUGUGUAUUGUAUUUUUACCAAACAGCCCACCAAUAGCAAUUUCCAAUCUAUUGUUUGAGUCAUGGAUAGGUAACUUUUCUAAAACAUUGCUAUUGGUUAGUUCAGGUUACUUGGGCAAAAAUACAAUACGCACGUGACGGUGAAGGAUCAGAUUUAUGAAUAAACGUUGACUAACACAGAUGAGUUACAUUGUUAUUCUAAUGAGUUUCACAGCCAUCUUCCCUUCAAUAGGCUAUCACCAGUCUAUUUACUUAAUUAAGCCCUGUUUACACUACGCUCAAUUUCUGGUACGGCACAGAUAAAAUUGGUACCAGUACCACUUUUACCACAAAAAGUGGUACGGUACCAAGAAUUGAGCGUAGUGUAAACAGGGCUUAGCUAAAUAGGUAGUCCAAGAACCCAAAAAAGUGGUACGGGUACCAAUUUUAUCCGUGCCGUACCAAAAAUUGAGCGUAGUGUAAACGGGGCUUUAUUCAGAUAAGACUAUUGUACCACCUUAUUCAUACUUAUUUUAGCACAUACUUAAUUUCACGAUUUUUUCGAGGCAAAACUUUGUGAGACUUUAUUUUUGUGAUCUGGAUAGGUGAAAAUAGAAAAAGGGCAUUAAAUUUCACAAAAGCUUUUGGAACAAUAGUUUUAUAAAAAUCUGAACUACAGUUUCAAAACAGGUCAACAUAAGGUAAUGGUAUAUAUACUGUCUGUUACACUAGUCCACAAUGUUUUUACUCAUUUUAUUGCCUGUAACAAGACAAAAUGCAAACUGUAGCUUAACACUAUUAUGAAAUAAUUUGUUAUUUAUAUCAAUAUCAACUAUACAUGUUGUUGUCUUGUUGAUCAUAUUUAUCAAGAAUUUUCCGAUUCAAAUUUUUGACUACCCUGUUAUAUAAUUUUGCAUGACUGUGUAAAUUUGUGAGGUUUACUUUAAUUUUUUUUAUAAAGACAUCUUGGCUUUAUUAUGUUAAUUCACUUCACCAUAUUCCAAAAAUGUACAUUAUGUCUACAUCUACUGUGCAAUUCACUGCUUUGAAUUUCUCUUAAUGAUCAUAGUUAAGAAAUAAGCAUGCCAUCUGAUAUCGUCUGUCAAUUCGGGAUGAAAUGCUAAUGCAAUACAGUUCUUAUCUUGUACGCCAACAAUGACUUCUUUCUCUCCGACUUGUAUGGUUGCUAAUGUUUUAACAGUCGGACUGUUUAUCGACACGAUUCCUGGGGCUCGGAUAAACACUCCAUUACAUACGUCGGGUGCGUCAUUUUUGCCAGUGUGCAACUCGGAAACUUCUUUGUCCUUGAUGUGGAUUUGACCUUCAAAGCUGUUUAGUUGCCGACCAAAGUAAUUUCGACUUGUUGUAAUGUCAAGUUUUGCCAGCU